GAGGAGGAGAAGAAGGAUGAAGGUGAAUUCUCACCACCUAACCUCCCUGUCUAAGGGCCCUGCUAGCAGCUUCGACAGAGAAGGGAGACUGAGGGUAGGGCGGGAGACACAGGAGGGACAGGGGAGACCACAGGUCAUGUGUGAGAGAUGGUGUCGUUUGAGAGGAAACCUCCUCUUCAUCAUGAAGAAACCUCAACAGAGAUCUGCGUUAGAGGAGGUGCUGGUUCUGGAGAGAUGUCAUGUUCUGGAGAGCACAGACAACAACAAUGGACUACUUAUUAGGUUUGACAGUGGAGAGCCAGGUGUGUAUGUAGAGUGUGUGAAUUCAGGUGAGGUGAACUCCUGGCUGGUGGCUCUGAGAGAAGCUAACUCUGAGGGGUUAACCAACCGGAUCAGACACCUCCGAACACAACUCAUGGACACAGCCGGGAAUAGCGCUGUGAAUUCCGUUGGAAAUGCAGAGACCACUGUAGUUGAUGCUGUGUACUACUGUACUAAACAGUUACCAUUGGAGUUCAGUAUUGACUGUAGCGGUCUGUCUAUAGGACACAAGGUGAAGAGACCCCACGCGGUGGUGCAGGUGUCAGUCAUCAACACACAGACACACACCAUCACUGACUACUGCUGUACAGAGAUAGUAGAGAGCACCAGUGACCCAGUGUUUCUGACCGGUGUGUGUAUCUCUCCUGACCACCCUUUCACCUUGGACACGACACUCAAACUAACCGUCUAUCACGCCAAGGUCAAAACACACGACACGAGGAGUUUUUUAGGCUUCUCCUGCUUCUCCAUCAGAGAUCUCCUCAGGACCAAUGAGCCUCAGCUCUCCCUCAGCCUCAGGUCUGCGGACGGAACGAGCGAGGUCGGGGAGGUGAAGCUGGGUCGUCUGCAGAUGAGAGACAUGGAAAACAGAGAGGGGGAGGACACCACUUCAGACAUCCUACACAAGUGUCCUCUCCUGUGUGAUUCCCUCCAUGGCUCCAUGCACGACAGAGACAACAGUCCCAUGAUGAGGGCAGUGUUCAGGAGCACAGUCUGUAAAGUGUACCGGUUCCAGACCGAGUCUAGCAGGUGGAUGCUGGUGAGAGAACAGAUGAGCGAAAGCCCUCUGUCCUUCAGUCUACCCAAACAGCUUCUGUCCUGCUACAUACAAGAGGACAUGAGGAGGGUCCAGGAGCUUUGUGACCUGUGUGACCUUUCACCCUACUGGGAUCGGUUAAGGACUGAUGUUAUCGCCCACUACAGUCAGCUGAUCAGCACCUACCAGGAAACACUGACAGAACUCAACAAACUGACAGGCUCGUCCUGCUCCUUUAAGGCCAGCUGUAGUAAGAGUGACAGAUAUCUAGAGUUUAUACCUGUCAACCUGCACACACAGAGGAUGCAGGUUACCUGCUCACGGAGAACAGUAUGGUAUGAUGUUGUGACAGUAGGAGCACCAGCUGAUCACUACCAGGGGUUUAAACACGGUGGGCUACAGAGGCUGCUCAACAAACCAGACAGCGACAACAAGAGUGUUAGUGCAGCAUAUUGUUGUAUCUCCUACUCACCAGAGGAGAGCUCCAGAGCCAGGGAGGUACUGAGUAGUGUCUCCCAGCUCCAGCCUCUCAUCUCUGGGCUAACUGAGGAGCUACUGCAGGCUGCUCUGGAAGUCAACUCCCAACGACUACAGAACAUACUGCACAGCCUGGCACACAGGACUGAACAGUUUGUUCACGCUCUGAAAGAUGAGCUGGUAAAGAACGCCCUGUUGGCUCUCCACGCGGCAAGGCCCGCCUACCACCUCAGCAACGGACACGCCCAUGUAACCCACGGCAAUGGGACAGGUCCCAGGCUCUCCUCGGCCAAUCAGGACGGGUUACGGCCGUCGAUAUGGCGACAGGAAUCCAUCCCCCAACACACGGAGUAUGACGAGGAAGAAGAGUGGGACAGGGUGUGGGCUAACGUUGCUAUGAGUCUGAACUGCAUCAUCGCCAUGGUGGACCGGCUACAGGAGAGGGAGAACAGGAAACAGGAAGUGACCUCACAGACACAGAAUGAUGUCACCACCACCUCACACAACACUGACUCUUCCCGCUCUCCUUGGCAGGCCUCUCUCGCCCCUCUUCCAGACUCUUCCCGCGCUCCUUGGCAGGCCUCUCUUGCCCCUCUUCCAGACUCUUCCCGCGCUCCUUGGCAGGCCUCUCUCGCCCCUCUUCCAGACUCUUCCCGCUCUCCUUGGCAGGUCUCUCUCGCCCCUCUUCCAGACCUGUCCCCUUCGUGGCAAGAACAACUCCUCCCUCUAGUUGUGACUCUGAAGGAGUGUGUGAGUGACGCGGUGGAGAGGGCCCGGUGUGCUAUGACCUUUGUCCUCCUACAGGGGGCAGCAGCAUCAGCCUGCCAUGGUCAGGCCCUGACACACAGACGAGAUGCUGUCUUCAGCCAGGCACUGUGUGCGGUGGUGUGUGGGUUUGUAUUGAGGCUGUACUCGGGUCUGGAGGAUAAAGGCUUCCUGCUGCAGCUCUGUGAGGUUGGGCUCAUCACACAGUUUGAAGGACUGCUCAGCACCUACAGUGAUGAGGUGGGUAUGUUAGAGGAUAUGGAGAUGGGAGUAUCAGACCUGAAUAGAGUCUCCUUCAAAAUAACUGAAGCCAAAUCAGAACAACCCACAGAUCUACUGCCCUCUGUCACUGGACUACGGGGUUGUUUUUGUGUGGAAGUCCCCUUGCCGUCGGAGACGUACCUGUUGUUACCAGGGGAACUGAGAGAUGGGCGGGACUUAAGAGUUCACCCGUUACUGUUUAACAUCGGCAUCAACCAGCAACAGAGUCUAGCCGAGAGGUUCGGAGACAGUUCUCUCCAAGAAAGGAUCAACCUCAGAAGCUGUGAGAUGUUGAAGUCCUACUACAAGACCCUGAGAGACAAACUACCCAACUUGACCUUGCCCUGUUCCCGGUCUCCGUUAGCUGUGGAGGACUUGUUGUGUUCUCUGGAGCAGUCUCUGGAGACGAAGAAGAGGAAGAACGUCGAGGUCCUGUGGCUCGCUGCCUCCGUGUGUAGGAGGUUGAAUGGUGUCAGGUUGACCAGCUGUAAAAGUGCCAAAGACAGGACCUCCAUGUCUGUGACUUUAGAACAGUGUAUGUUGCUCAGAGACGAACACACACUCAGCAAGGAGCACUUUAACAGAGCACUGGACUGCAUGAGGAGGGAGGGCUGUAGGAUGGAGAACGUUGAGAAGAACAUCAGAAGCAGGAAGUAUGCUUUCAACAGCAUCCAGCUGAAGACCUUCCCUAAACCCUACCGCCCUCCGGAGGGCACCUACGGGAAAGUAGACACUUAGGAGUAGGACGAGAGAGAAGGGGUGGAAUGAUUGAGGGAUGAAUGAAGGAUGGAUGGAGAACUAUAGAGGGUUAGAAGGAUGAAGAGACUGGAAAAUAGACACUUAGGAGGAGGACGAGAGAGAAGGGGUGGAAUGAUUGAGGGAUGAAUGAAGGAUGGAUGAAUGGAUGGAGAACUAUAGAGGGAUAGAAGGAUGAAGAGAGAAGGAUGAAGAGCCUGGAAAAUGACAUGGAGGGAAGUGUUGUAUGUUUAAUUCUAUAAAUAGAGUUUGACAAAAUAAUGAAAAAACAUUUUUAAAAGCUCAAGUGUUUUCCACACGUUUUCACACAACAUGAAGUAAUUUUAUAGUGUAGCCUACUAGUUCUAGUUAGAAAGCGAGGAAGUCCAUAUUAUGGCGCAACAACACGUUCAGACCACUAGAUGGCGCCACUCAUGUAGCUCAGCCAUACUGCCUGAAACUCUGUCUCCCUCCAGCAGGUGGCGUUUUUCAUUGUGUCAAUGAAUAGUGGAAUAUUGUCAACAAAAGACAUGAAUGGUUUAUUUGCUAAGUCAUGUUUAUUUGAUUGAAUUAGAAGUUUGGGUAAUAUGUAAGUUGUUAUGAAAUCAACUGAUAUAACUAGGGACAACGUGACAUCCCGGCAACUUUGAGGGGAAAAA